AUGGAUGAACGAGGGGCGAUGGAGGCGAGGACCACGGGCAACACCAGCCUGGCCAACGUGAGCUCGGUGAUGAGCUUUGCGGGCACGGACCUGCUCCAACGCUACAAGCCUCUCUUCCUCCUGCUGUACUGCGCCCUGGUCGCGGUGGCCUGCGUGGGCAACGCCUUCCUGCUGGGUUGCAUCGUGGUGGACAAGCGGCUCCACAACGCCACCAACUUCUUCAUCGGCAACCUGUCGGUGGCCGACCUACUGAUGUGCCUCAGCUGUGUGCCCCUCACCCUGUCCUACGCCUUUGAGCCGCGGGGUUGGCUGUUUGGUGGGUUCAUGUGCCACUUCGCCACGCUGUUGCAGUCCACCACCGUGUAUGUGACUGUACUGUCCCUCACCGCCAUCGCCGUUGACCGCUACGUGGUGGUCGCUCACCCCAUCCGCCGUCGGAUCAGCCGGGCCGCCUGCGGGCUGGUGGUCGCCUCCAUCUGGCUGGUGUCGGUGGGACUGGCGGCGCCCGCCUCCGCCAACGCCCGCUACCUGGAGCUGAAGCUGGCGGGCAGCGAGGUGAACAUCUGCGAGGAGUUUUGGUGGGGGAUGGAGAGGGAGAGGUUGGUCUACUCGUGUGUGGUGCUGCUGGCCUCCUACAUGGUCCCCCUCUGCGCAGUCACCAUCUCCUACUGGGCCAUCACCGUCCAUCUGGGCCGCAGGAGACUGCCCGAGGCCGGACAGCAGAGCCAGGCCACCUGGAACCGCCAGAAGAGGAAGACCUUCCUCCUGCUGGUGGUCUCGGUGGGGACAUUCGCCGCCUGCUGGUUGCCCCUGCAGAUUCUCAACCUCCUACAGGACCUGGACAAGGACUUCCAGAUCAUCGACGUCCGCUAUCUCAAUGUGGUCCAGGUGUCCUGCCACUGGGUGGCCAUGAGCUCCUCCUGCUACAACCCCUUCAUCUACGCCUCCCUCCACCGCAAGUUUCGCCUGAGGCUCCGCGCCCACCUCCGCCGCUGCCGGUGGAUGGUGCGACCCCCGUCUCCCCCCUCCGUCAGCCUGGCAUGCACAGUGCCCGAUGGUGGAGAUCGCCCCCUCUGA